UACAGUGCCAGUGGUUACUAGUCUGAACAAAGUUUAAAGCAGUGAGUUAUUGGUGUCAUGGUGGGUUUAGGCAGAGAGGGCCAAGGGCCGACCGUCGGGAAACUCGAAUCGCAGAUUUAUUGCAUCAAAUACACGCUGUUCUGCUUCAAUGUUGUUUUGUGGCUCUUUGGUUUGUCGAUAUUUGCUCUUUGCUUAUGGAUUUGCAUCGAGCCCGGCUUCAAUGAAUGGAUGAGGAUACUGGAAUUACAGAAAUACUUCAUUGGAAUAUAUAUCAUUCUGAUUGGGGCACUCGGUAUCAUGGCGGUGGCUUUCCUUGGAUGUGGUUCCGCUUUGAUGGAAAAUAUUCAAUUAUUAUACGCAUUUAUUUUGACACAAGGAAUCCUUUUUGUGUUUGGAUUAGUCGGUGCUUGUGUUGUCUUAGACUUCUCGACGUAUGACUCCAGCAUCCAACCAUUAAUCAAGGAUGUUAUCUUAAGACUCGUGAAUAACCCACAACACGAUGGCAGUCGGGAGAUCCUCAGGAUGGUACAAGAAGGAAUCGGUUGCUGUGGGGCUGAUGGUCCAAUGGACUUCAUAAACCUGAACAAACCGCUGCCAUCUGAAUGUCGGGACUCCGUCACUGGUAACGCCUAUUUUCAUGGGUGCGUUGAUGAGCUCACCUGGUACCUGGAGGGGAAGACAAGCUGGCUGGCCGGUAUUGUGCUUGCGUCCUGCAUGAUUUGUGUCGUGAAUGCUGUAAUGUCUUUAGUCCUCGUUCAAGCGGUCAAAAAGGAAGAAGAAGAAUCGAUAGCGUACAAGAAUUAACUUUUUUUUAUCUAUAUAUUUAGACCUAAUCUUUGUUUACUUAGCUUUUGGCCAUAGUUAAUUAGGUAAUCUGGCCACCAAUAGCAGAUGAACUGGGAAAGACAAAGUAGAAUCAAUUCUCUUGGUCUCUCUUUAUUAAAUAACACCUUUAAUAAAGAAUUCCUGUAUUUGUGUAUGUUAUUUGAAAUCAUAAUAUGUUAUUAGUUACAUAGAAUUUUUCAUAUUAUUUGUAAUUCGUAAGGAAAUAUUUUAUGAAUAUGAAAGAAUUAAGAUAAAACACAGUACAGUCAAAGAGUUUAAAAUCCAAUUCGGAUACAUUCAGCGAAUAUCAAUCAGUAUUGCAGUAAAUAACAGUUUCUGCUGUUUCAACAGAAUUGUUUGAAUUAAAAUUGAUAACGCUGAUGCUGUCAAACUCUUGCAAAGUGUAAUUCUAUCUUAUUCAAUGUCGCGCUGUCGCUACAAACAUAUUAAUAACAUUCACAUAAGUACUUUAUUUUUCGAACGUAAGAAAUAAUGGAUAUUCUUUGACGUAACCACCGCUUUUGUAUUAAGAAUUUUAUCUAGAUGAAAUAUGAAUAAAUUUAUUUUAUUUAA